UGGAGCGGGGCUUUGACCGCAGUGUGUGUGUCUGAUGAAGGUCUCACACGAGUGUGGUCUGCAGACAUCAUGACAUCGACCUGCGUCCUGCUGCUGAUCAGCACACUGUCACAGCUGUGUGGAGCUCAAGAUGAGCUCGAGCCGGCGAUGAUGUCAGCGGAGGAGGAGAGCCGUAUCCCAGAAUCCUCUGCUGUCCUGAGCGUGGCGCGUGAGCAGAUCCUCUCGGCUCAGUUUGAGUGUUACCUGAAGAUCAUGUUUGAUCCUCCGCGCAGAGACCCGGGCCCGUACUGUAACCGCACCUGGGAUGGUUGGCUCUGUUGGGGAGACUCCGCCCCCGGCACCGCCCUCCAGCUAUGCCCCGCCUACUUCCUGAACUUUGAUCCAACCGAGAAAGUGAGCAAAAUGUGUGACUCAGACGGUCAGUGGUUUCAUCAUCCGGUCAGCAACCGUCUGUGGUCCAACUACACGCAGUGCUCAGCGUCCACCCACCAGAAACUCGAGUUCAUGUUGGUGAGUUACUAUCUGGUGAUGGUGGGACACGGGCUGUCCAUCAUAUCGCUGUUCAUCUCCAUCUGCAUCUUCUCACACUUCAAGUGUUUGAGCUGCCAGCGAAUCACUCUUCAUAAAAACAUGUUCACCUCCUUCAUCCUGAACUCGAUCGCCACCAUCGCCUGGUUCUUCGUCAUUAAAGAUCAGAGACCAGAGAACCCCAUGGAUUUGUCUCAGAUCGGCUGUAAGCUGCUGGCUAGUAUCAUGCAGUACACCUCCUGCUCCAACUAUUUCUGGAUGCUGUGUGAAGGGAUCUACCUGCACACGCUCAUCAUCGUGGCCGUGUUUGUGGGAGAGCAGCAGCUGGGCUGGUAUUACGUCCUCGGCUGGGGUUUCCCAGUGAUCCCUGCAGUCCUGUAUGCUGUAGCCCGUCUGCUCUUCCAUGAUGACAGGUGUUGGAUCACGAAUGUAAAGCUGCUGUACAUCACACACAGCCCCAUACAAGUCGCUCUGUUGGUGAACCUGUUCUUCCUGCUGAACAUCGUGCGGGUGUUGAUCACCAAACUGCGGGUCACUCACUGCAUCAAAACUAACUUCUACAUGAAGGCUGUUCGUGCCACCAUCAUCCUGGUUCCUCUGCUGGGCGCUCAGUUCAUCCUGGUGCCUCUGGAGCCCAGCGGACGCGUAUCUCGAGCCGUCUACGAGUUCGUCAUGAACAUCUUCAACCAUUUCCAGGGUCUCCUGGUGGCCGUAAUCUUCUGCUUCUGCAAUGGAGAGGUGCAGUCGGCGUUGCGGCGUAAGUUUGCGCAGUAUCGUGGUCAGUGGAAGCGCCGGCGUCUGGUGACCAAUGACUCUCACAGUAACUACCACACAAACUCGUCCAUCACCGAGACCAGCCGCGUCACCAUCGGCCUCGAGCCCAGCCUCGCCAACAGCCAGAGAAACGGCAGCGUCUGCUCCAGCCAUGGGCCCAAGAGCUGCGACGUGAUCGAGUGCACAGAAAUAUGAGCAUCUGUCUCAUCAUGCACAUAUAAUAUUACUAACACUACACAGGACUCCCAGCUUACACGCAUGUUAUAAGAACGACUUGCUAACAUUUAUAUAAAAGCUGCAGUCUGUACGUUUUGUCUCUUUGUCGCCAUCUCUGUUUGAAACCUGCAAUUGCAGCUAUUUGCAGAAUCAUCUUCUUUAUGUGGGUUGUGCUCCGGCAUGACUCCAGCGCGGAUUAAUGUAAUGU